UCCAAAACACGACUUUUAUAAAGGGACGAUAUGUCGAACAUCUUAAUUAAUUACGCGUAUAAUUAAUAAUAACAGAUAGUUUAUGUACUAAGUGUGCUCUUUAGGAAAUGCUAACUCACUUAUAGGCAAAGUUCUUAACCCACCGGGGCAGCAUGCUUUUCAGGAAAUGUGUUUUCUAUUCCCAAGAUCUUUUGAAGCAGAGGCUGCGUGCACGCAUUCUUUUAUCAACGAAGUUCCGUCUGGGCAUGCACUGGAUUUGUCUGUGUGUUUAAAAGAAGGGGUGGGGAAUAAACAGAGCAGUCAUAUUCUUGAUGACUGUAGUGAAACAACGCGGCGUUGGAUACUGAGUCGCUGUCUCUGUGAGUAUUCUGAGAGAGGAAUGGACUGAUUAGACAAUUACAGAGCACACAAUCUGAAUCUGCAGUGCCUGGAGUGUGUAAAAGAAGUGGGGAUUGACUCGGAUUCAAGUUGCAGACCGGCUCGUGUCAAUCUAGCCAAUUAAAAACGCAUGUGAAAGUUGUUUUUCUAGGGGAGUCAGUGCCUCAUCAAAAGUCUUCAGUUUUAAGUUUUUAAAUGCAACACGUGCUGCCAUUGCUUUUUUCAAUCUUCUAAACUAACUCCAGUUGGUUGAAGCAUGGAAUCGAUCAGUCAAUCUUUGGAAUCUAAAGCUGAACGGAUAGCGAGGUACAAAGCCGAAAGACGCAGGGAACUGGCAGAGAAGUACCGCGGUCCAGAUGAACUUCCUUCAAAGUACAUCAAGAGGGAUAAAGAGAAUGAUAUUUCUUCAGAUAACAGCCAGAAAAUCACUGAAAAGCCCAUAGGCUUCGAGGAGAGCACUCUACAAAAACCCAGUGCCCACGGGGCCAGCGAAGUGGAGCAGCAGAACGCUCAAGAUACCAACGGCAAUUUCAACAACAUGGAAAGUCUUAUGUCGAUUAAAAACAGUCAGAACGAAGGAACAACUGUCAUGAAUCUGAGUGAAGAGAUGCAAACCCAGGGUAGAGAAGGACAGGUCCCCAGUAUCAAAGAAAUAGCCAAUGGGACAGAAGUGGAUAGUGUUGGAUCAUCGAAACAGCAUAGUCCCAAGCAGUGGUCCCGUGCCUGUGACGCUCUCUACAACCAAGGAAACACUCCACCGGGCUGCAAAACAGCUGUGCUGAACACCCAUGUGUCAGUAGGACAACUAAGAAACAACCUGCUGCAGACUGUAAAUGUACCCAGGACGGAGAACAUUAACUGUGACAUUAGCCAAGUGACCUCGUCCCUCGACUUGGCGGUCAAGCCAGAGGUCGAGGGUCGCCGCAGGACCAGGCAUUACAUACCCCCCAGAGUGAGCAGGAAAACAUGCGAGCGCUUCAGAACUCAGCCCAUUACCACAGCUGAGCAGCUAGAAAUCAACGGCUCUAUGGAUGCUGCAAAACAGAAGAAGCCUGAAAAGGAUGUGAAAACAGAUGACAGAGCGACGCUAAGUGUUGCAGCCAAAAUGUCCCUGUUUAAAGAGCUGGAGGAGACAGCUUCCCCCGAGGUGUCCUCCUUCCAGAAGCCUUGUUCCAGCAAUGCUGCCCUGGAGCGCCGGAAUCGCCGUACCUACGAUCGCUCGCGGACGCAGCCAGUCACGACCAAGGAAAUGGUGGUGGCAAAUAGCCUUCCGAAGCCAAAGGCAGCAGAUGAAGCCGACGGUGAGCUGUUGAAGCUGGAUGCUGGAGCCCAGGGAGAGAAACAAGAAGGGCAUGACGAGAGCUCCAAAUUGAGCCUUAGCCAGAAGCUGGCUCUUUUUAACAAACUCGCCCGGCCAGAGAGCAAGCCUGCCCCUGACCCCAAGACCAGCGACCCCAAGCGCAGGCAGAAGGGAGCUCGCUACCGCUCUCAGCCAAUAACCAUCGACGAGGUUGAGAUGCUCCAGAAAGGCCCAGUGCAGCUGCCCCCUCUUCAAUUAUCUAUGCACCUCCCAACAAGACUGCAAAUGCUUUCGGUCAGCUUAAAACCUAGCGAAGUUAGCCGCUCAAAGGAAGAGAGUCAAGCUGAAAAGCCAGCCAGCGAGGCAGCCAAAAACACAGAAGCCAUCAAAAGCCUGACCCCACAGACUCCUCCUCAGAAAGACUCAGAGUCUCGUGAAAUCAAAGGCAUUUUGAAAAAGCGAACAAUGAGCUCGGAUCUAGAAACCAGCCCGGAAGCCAAAAAGGAGAGUCCUGAAUCAGAGGCUUCUUUUGAUACGCAGACUGAGCGCAAAGAAGGGACCCCAAAUCAAGGGGUGCCCUGGAGACGCCACAGGGAGCAAAAACCAAGCGAGGAUACAAAGCCCCCAACUCAGCCAUCAGAAGAGGUGGAAGACGAGCACACUGCCAGCAAAACUGAUCUCUCUUCAGAGUCAGAACACACAGAUGUAUUUACGUCAGAAACAACCACCGCAAAGUCUGCCCACACACCCUGGAGACAGCAGAGAAACAAAUCGAGUCUGUCAGACUCCAAAGAAGAUCUGCAAGAAAUGCCAUCACAGUCUCUCAUAACUGUGGAAAAGAAACUCAAGGAGCCCCCUGCUGAACCUGAGGAGAGCAAGAUGGUGAAAGAAGAACCCGCCAUCAGUUCACCAACUUCAGAGACGGAGGAGCUCAAUGAUUCUUUUGACUCGAACCAAGGAGGAUUGUUAAAGAACAGCCAAACUGCGGGAGCAGCCAGAACACCCCGUCCCUCGUCUCUGUAUGGACCUCCUUUCCAUAAAGAACAGAUAGUAGAGAGCGAAAAUACCAAUGGUACCACUGUCUGCACUCCGUGCUGGGACCCAGUCUAUUCUUCUGUCUUUCUCCCCAUGAGCACUAAAUCCCAGUAUGUAGUCUGUUAUAACCAGACUACUCUUUCCUAUGAGGCACAAGAGGUCUCCGCAACGCAGGGUUACACUCUCCCUGCCUGGAGACAAAAGAAAGUGACGACAGAGGUGGAGACGAAGCUGACCCUCGCUGAGAGAAUGCAGACCCUGCAGGACAAGGACCAGCAAUGGAAAGUGAAAGGAAAAGGCGCCUUCAACGACUCCACACAGUUCACUGUAGCUGGGCGCAUGGCAAAGAGAGGUUUAGUGUCUCCAGUAUCAGCACACGAGGAUGCGCCCAUAUUCCACUGCAAGAAAUCAACCACAGGAACCCCAGUGAAACCCUUGGAAGAGAUUUCCAGCAGGUCUGGUGUGGAGGUUGAGGGAGAUAAGAGACUUGAUAAACUGGAGUCCUUCCUGGGAAAGCUGCACAAUAAAGGGAUCGGGUUCCAGGAGACCUCAAUCACAGUGACCACAGAGAGAGUGAAGGAGGUGAUGAAACUGGAUGAUGACGAGACCUUCAGCAAGUUCUACAGCACAUCGUCCAGCGUGGUGACCUCCAGCAAUGCUCUGGAGAUCGAGGAGGACUUCAGCGCCAUAUUUGAGACACACUCUCCAAAGCUGACGUCCACAGUAACAGAGCAUAAACGCGCAGUGAGACCGGCCCGGAAAACCCGCGCCUCCCGCAACCCGCUGAAAGCCCUGGCAGCGCGGGAAGACAUCCGGCAGGAGUACACUGAGCAGCGGCUUAACGUGGGCGUCCUCGAGUCCAAGAGGAUCCAAGUGGAGAGAAUGGCAAAGCACUCCAACUAUGCAGACGUGGCCCUGGCAGGUCUAGCCAGCAAAGAGAACUUUAAGAAGGUGAACCUUCGCAAUGUGAAGUCCACAGAACAGGUUACAAACAACAGUGCAGUCCCGUUUAACAAACUGAUGCUGAUCCAGAUUAAAGGUCGCAGGCAUGUCCAGGUCAGACUGGUGGAGCCCAUAGCCAAGUCUUUGAAUAGUGGUGAUUGUUUUCUGUUGAUCACUCCAGAGAACUGCUACUUAUGGAUGGGAGAGUUUGCCAACGUCAUUGAAAAGGCCAAGGCAUCAGAACUGGCUUCAUUUAUUCAGACUAAAAGAGACCUGGGCUGCAAAGCGUCACACGUCACGAUUCUAGAGGAAGGAAUCAAUACAAACAGCAGCCGGAUGAAGGAGUUCUGGAAUCUUCUCAAGGGAAAGACUGAGUAUCAAGGUGCAGGUGAUCCGGAAGAAGAUGAAGUGUAUGAGAGCGCAGUGGUGGAGUCGAACUGUGUGUAUCGGCUUGUGGAAGACCGACUUGUACCACAUGAGGAGGCCUGGGCCACCGUCCCCAGUGUCUCUCUGCUUAACUCCAAGGAGGUGCUGGUGUUUGAUUUUGGCAGCGAGGUGUACAUUUGGCAUGGAAAGGAAGUGCCUCUGGGAGACAGGAAGUUAGCCGUGCAGCUUGGGAAGCAGCUCUGGAAUGGGCCGUACAACUAUAGCAACUGCAGGAUGAACCCUCUGUGCUCUGGAGGGAGCAGCGUGCAGACUCCACAGCAGGGGGAGGGUCGGCCUGAAUGGGCCAUCUUUGGGCGUCUGUCGGAGCACAACGAGACAGCUUUGUUCAAAGAGAAAUUCCUGGACUGGGGCGAGUUCAAGAGUGCCAAGGAGGAUCAGCCAGUGGUGGAAGUGAAGAGCCCCACACAGUCUCCCUAUGAGUCAGAGCUGAAGUCCUAUGAUGCGAAGCUCCUGAUCGCCCCCUCGGAGGGGGCAGUGAGGAUGAUGCUGGAAGGGCUCAAUGUGCAGAGGGGGCACGGCCAGAUCGAGACGGAAGACAGGAGGCUGGUGGAGAUCGGGACUGUGGAGGUGGAUGUUUGGCACAUCCGCGAGUUUGAUUACAUUGCCAUCCCCCGGGAGAGCGUGGGACAGUUUCACGAGGGAGAGACCUAUGUCAUCAAGUGGAAAUACACAGUGACCAGCGUCGUGGGGAAGCGACAGAAGCCAGACCAGCAGAGCACCAGCGGCCCUGGGAAGGAGAAGGUGGCAUAUUUCUUCUGGCAGGGGAGCCAGUCCAGCGUCAGUGGGAAGGGGGCCUCAGCACUUAUGACUGUGGAGAUGGGCAAACACCAGGGGGCUCAGGUACUGGUGGCCCAAGGGAAAGAGUCCCCCUGCUUCCUGCAGCUGUUCCAGGGAGGAAUGGUCAUCCACCGGGGCUGCCGAGAGCAGGAUGGAACCAGCAGGAAAGCCGACUGGCGGUUGUUCUGUGUACGCGGCGAGGUCACAGCUGAAGGCAGUUUGCUGGAGGUGGAGAGCAGCUGCCGUAGCCUGAGGUCCAGGGUGUCCCUUAUUCUGCUGAACCCCCAGAGGGAAAUGCUGUACCUCUGGCAUGGCUGCAAAUCCCAGAGCAGCGUACGAGAAGUAGGGAGAAAAGCAGCAGACUGCAUUAGACAACUCUGUCCGGCAGAGAUGGGUCUCCAUAGCAACAGCACAGUGACAGUACAGGAGGUAGAGGAAGGGUUUGAACCAGUGGAGUUCUGGAAUGCUCUGGAACAACAGGAUCGGAAAGCAUAUGACUGUAUGCUACAAGACCCUGGUAAAUAUAACUUCACACCUCGGCUGUUCCGAAUGAGUGGUUCUUCAGGAGAAUUCAUUGCGGAGGAGCAGCUGAGCCAGGCCUGGGUCUCUAACACUGUGAUGGCCAUGCCGUUUCUGCAAGACAACCUGUACUCCACGAAGCAGCCAGCUUUGUUCCUGCUCGAUAACCGCAUGGAGGUGUACCUGUGGCAAGGAUGGCAGCCAGUUGACACUGAGGAAACAGGCUCUGCACAGAUCCGCUGGGACUUGGAGAGGAAAUGUGCCAUGGAGACUGUGCUGCAGUACUGCAAAGAGAAGAAUCCCAGACGCCCUCCCAGAGCCUACCUGAUCCACGCUGGUGCAGAGCCACUUACCUUCACCAACAUCUUCCCCAAGUGGGAGACCAGCCCUGACAUCAUGAGUCAGGCGAAGGCUGAUCGAAGCAAGGUUAUUCUGGUGCAGGAUGCGCUCGCCCGGUUAUGCAAAACUCAGUACUCCUUGGAAGAACUUCAAGCUAAACCGCUCCCCGAAGGAGUUGACCCACUCAAACUGGAAAUCUACCUGUCCAAUGAGGACUUCCAGAGAGUUUUGGAGAUGAAGAGAGAUGAAUUCAACUCUCUUCCGAACUGGAAACAAAUUAACCUGAAAAAAAGCAAAGGACUUUUCUAAAAACAAGCAAGCGAACGAAAAAUAUUAUUCUGUAUACGCAACACUAUUUCAUAAAAAACACUGCACUUUUUGUAUUUUUCUUAAAAAUAUAUAUUUUCUGUAAAAUGAUUUAAAAAAAUGUAAAUGUAUAGUCUCAUUAUCUGUCUUUAGAAUCUAUGGCAUCUGUAUUUUAACUGUGGAAGCCUAUUUUAUAUAUUAUAGGUUACAAUAGCCAAACUAAUUGCUAUGAUGAAACUAAGGGCAAGUUAUCUUUAAUUACAGAUAAUCAAACAUAUUUGUA